GCCAACGUUCAAAAAUGGCGCUGAAACUGAUAUACGGCUCCGCGAUCGCCGUGCUGUUGAUCGCCAUCGCCUUCGUGUAUUUCGAGCCUGUUCCUCGGGAAAAGUACCCGGGCUUCGUGCGCAAGGUCCACCACGAGUUGCUCAAGUCGGUGAAGUACGUGGGCAGCUUCUUUUGCAGCAGCUCGAAGGUGACCGCCAAGGGAGUGUUCACUCCGGAGGAGCUGGCCCGUUACGACGGCAGCGGCGACUCUCUCGGUCUUUAUUUGGCCGUUAUGGGACGCGUCUACGACGUCUCCAAGGGCGCCGAGCACUACAGGCCGGGAGGCGGCUACUCGCAAUUCGCCGGUCGCGAUGCUUCGAGGGCCUACAUUACGGGCGAAUUCACCGAAGAGGGCCUUACGGACGACCUCAACGGCAUAUCGGAUGAAAACCUGCUGUCGUUGUCGCAGUGGGUGGAUUUCUACGAGAAGGACUACACCUUCGUGGGUAAGUUGGCCGGCCGCUACUACAGUAAUGAAGGCCAGCCAACUAGCGAGCUGCGGGCCGUCUGGGCGGCCAUAGAGAGGGCCAAGCAGAAGACAUACGUGGCCCAAGAGCAGAACAAGAAGUUUCCACCAUGCAAUUCUGAGUGGACUCCGGAGAAAGGCAGCAGCGUUUGGUGCAGCAAGAAAAGUGGUGGAGUUGAACGUGACUGGGCCGGAGUUCCACGACAGUACUUUGAGCGGGACUCUGGCUCCGUCCGGUGCGUCUGCGUACGCAACACGGGACCCCCUACCGACCACCCCGAAGGUGCAUCGCACAAGAACCGGGGUGACUUGGAUGACCCCCAUCUUAAGGAGUACCCAGGAUGCCCUCCCACGUCUGACACAUGCAAGGUGCCCGACUCCGAGUGAAACACAUUAAACAAAGCACUACGUGUUAGGCAUUUAGUUACUUUCUGCACAGAAUUGCAAGACAUCGUUUCCCUUUUUUAUUUCGAUUUCCGUCCUCGUGUACCCAGUGCAUAAAAAAAAUGUCUGACAAUAAUAAAAAAAUGAUAAGCUUGCAGGGAAGUACUAGUUAGCAUAUGGUAUCCUAUCUACUUACACAGAUGAAGACAUUAUAAUGGUUUACCUUGUGGAGCAGUUUUCUACCAAGAUAUUUUUGGGGUGUGGCUAUGCUACAUGAAUUUUUAAUCAUUAUAUGCUAUACAGCCUCAAUAGAUAUGGGGUACAAAUAAAAUCACCACUUUCUUGCAGCACACGGUGCAUUCUAGAGAUUGUCUUGUACGAAAGGUGGUGCACUGUGGUCAGAUGAAACGUCUGCCGUUAAUACGCAUUUGGCAAAUCAUUCACCGGUGAGGUAGCUGACAUGUUUUCAUUAGUAGGGCUAGUCUAGUGGUUAGUGCAUCGUUUGAAGUGUGGCAUACCAUGUUUGCUUUUGGAUUAAUCAUUCAGCAUCGCCUGUGGUUGCUCAGAGUGGUGGCUUCAGUGUGCAGGGAUGUGUGUGUGUGCUUUGCUAAACUAUGCUGCGCACUGACGGCACUAACAAACAUAGAAUUUGUGGCUUGGAGGUAUCGAUAACAGAAAUGGUCAAAGUAUUUAUCGGAAUGCAGUUACACAGACACGAGGGGGGCAUUCAUGCUGUCGCUGCAUUCACACAAUAUGGUAAAUGACUCAUCCAAUGAGCUUAUAGGGUCUUUGGUGACGCCCUGCAUUUGGAUGCAAAAUAAUGGAGCUUAUUGAACUCACUGUCUUGUUAAUUAAACUUAAUCAGCUCUGUUAUGGGGCUUCAAUAAUGUUCUGCCUAUCGCUGUUGCCAUAGGCCUUUUGCGUUUGUCUGUACCCAUCUGACCUUGCUUAAUAGUUGUGUACAGAACUUAGAUGUGGUGGGUACACCCAUCUGAGCAGAAUGGACACUAAACGUCAAGUUGAAUUCUGUUUGAUCGCUCAAUGAGGCACUGACUAAUGCCAGUGAUUUUUCAUUGUUGCACUGUAGUACCCAUAACAGUGGUGUUGGCGUUCAUAAUUGCACCAGCUUUGCAGAACGUCCAGUGUCUGGCAGUGUUUUGUUUCAACAUGAUCGUGUUAAAGAGCUCGUUUCGCAGAAAUGUCAGCGUCAGUGUGGGCAUCAGCGUAGGCAUUAUUGGUCAUGAGCGAAAAAUCAUCAUCUUGUCUGGGACUGAAAAAUCGAAAAACAUGCAAAGUAAAUAAAAAAAACUAGCAGGUUCUAGCAAGAAUCGAACCCAUGUUGGCUAUGGGGCUAGCAGGUGUCUUACCACAGAGCCUCAGUAUUUUUUGAAACUGCUUUGGAAAAAAACAAUAUGAAUGUCAUGUAGUGGAAGAAGACUCUUUAAUGCGUCAAGUGUUGUGGGGCAGAAUUUUAGAAUGUCACCAGGUGUCAAAAAAUGUGAAUUGAGCAACGAGUAGGUGUUUUAAAGGCCCAGGCUUUACAAAGUGUUCAGGCGUAUUUAAUCAUUAUCAGCAGCAUAACCAUCCGCAAAGUGAACAGUUGCGUAGGUUUGCGUGUUGCUCUACGAACGCGUAGUGGAUCGUUUGAUGAUUUGCAAAAGAAAUACUUGUGGCAUAGUGGUCACUUAACAACUGAGGUUGCGACAGGCAUUCAAUGAUACUUUAAAACGAUCAAUGUUUGGCGCAUGGUCGCUCGUUUCUUUGCGGCACAGUUUAGGCAUACAUGGAGUACCGAGGCAGGUUAGCAGUUCAAAAGAUGACACAAACGAGAUUUGAUUACGCUAACGCAAUCUGCUCUUGCAAGGUAAACGAGCGUGCCUUAAUUUUCUUCCUGCAUAGCAGCAGUUGCUCUGCAUGCUGUUUUACGCCAACAUUACACUUCUGCGUGGUGAAAGAAAGUGUGAGAAUGUUGAUUGCAAAGCUUGAUGUAGGUAUGAGUCCAUUGGUUCUCUGGUGAAACGAAUGAAGUACAUUAUUUCUGUGUGAAGGCUUGUGGGUGUGGAAUAGCACAAGCAUGUCAUUCUGUAUCAUAGAACAGCAAGUGUUGUUUAGCAAUCUGGACUUGUUUGUAGCACUGCACAGAUGGUGACAGGGUUGUGACAUUAUAAACUGAUCCGUAAAAAAUGGACACCUUUUGAAUUUCAAAGUGUGUUCCACGAACGCCUGUGCCCAUUGGUAUGGGGUCUGUCACAGUGGAAUGCAGUGCGCGUCUUUCGUCUUGAUGAUUAGACACACUGAGCACAGCGACGCCACGCAAGCAAAGCAUUGGCACUGUAGAGUUCGACGCGUGGCAUGACCAAUGCGACCGGCGUCCAGUGGCGCGCCCUUGCGGCCACCUAGCACCGUGCCAGGGCAUGGAUGAACGGGUGGAUGAAUGUGAGCAUGAGACAAUAAAGGCUUUCACCUUAAACAGCGGACAAAAUUGGUGUGUUUACAUUGUACUCAAUAUCAUAUCUAGCUUUUUCGUGGCUUUGUCAGUAAUAGAGAUUUGAAACUUAGUAGAGCUUGCACGAGUUUUUCGUGUUAGAGCAGCAAGUAUUCAGUGGAAGAGUGACUUCAUGACAAGCAUUAAGCCUAGCUGGCCUCGUCUAAUUCGCAAAGGUUGUUUAUUGAGAGUGUGUUAUUUAUAGUGAACAGGUUCUAAUCUAAUGUUCAUGCAGCUUGAUUUCCUAUUCUUGGUGCUGGUGGAAAUGGAACUGAGGUGGUCAGAAUGCUAAGAAUUGUGUGUUGAUGUUAGGCUUAUUAGAGCUAGUUAAAUGGCAGUUUCGUCAUUUUCACUUUGUUGCUAUGCCCAUACUGGCUUAAUAAUAAUUCGGCACCAUCAUGAUGAUUCAAAAGGUCACUAUAAAGUUUACCAGAAGAACAAAACUGAAGAACAACUGUACGGAUUUUGUCUUGCGAUGAUGGCAUGAAGUACUUAAACGUGACAAAUCUGUUUGUUUCUGUCCAUGCACUCUCCCUUUGAACGUUUGUCACUAACCUUAGGUAGGCUAUUACAGAUAAGCGGUUGAUUAGAGGUCAAGGUGAUGAGGUG